AUGCCACUGAGAGCGAAAGUCAUCCAUCCUGCUUUUGCAGGCAAAGCGCAGAUGGCAACUGAAGCUAGCGGUUUGGACAGACGACACAGUGAGCAAGAAGUGAUAAAAGAGCUUCCAGAAGACGAAAAGGAAGAUGUAUUAUUCGAUACCAUAUUUGGUUUGCGCACAAUCGAGCUCAAUCGGCCGAAGAAGCUCCACUCUCUCAAUGGAUCUAUGAUACGGAAGAUACUUCCUCGAUUACAGGAAUGGGCGAAGUCUGAUAUGGCAAAUGUGGUGCUCAUUAAAGGUGUAGGAGAGAAGGCAUUUUGCGCGGGAGGGGAUGUUGCACAGCUCGCAAAGGACAACAAGGAAGGCCCUGAAGGCCAACAGCGAUCGGCGGAUUAUUUCGGACUCGAAUACAAACUCGAUCACCUUAUUGCGACCUACAAGAAGCCCUAUGUGGCGGUGAUGGACGGUGUGACCAUGGGUGGUGGUGUUGGACUGAGCAUACAUGCUCCGUUCCGGAUAGCUACGGAGAGAACAGUAUUCGCUAUGCCUGAAACGACAAUAGGAUUCUUCCCAGAUGUCGGAGCCUCGUUCUUUUUGCCACGGAUGCCUGGAGGGAUGGGUACUUAUCUUGCCUUGACGAGCGACAAAUUAAAAGGCGUCAAUGUAUACUAUUCCGGUAUUGCGACACAUUAUAUACACUCUUCAUCCUUACCAGCUCUUGAGAGACGUCUUGCAGAGCUUCGCUUCAAUGAUUGGGACACAAUGCAGCAACGUCUUGAUCUUAUUGAUACCACGAUCGAGGAAUAUACCACUGGACUGCCACACGACCAACCGAUGCUCAUCAAAGGAAGAUUACGUAACACCAUUGAUCGGAUUUUUGGGGACGAGGCGAAAACGGUAGACGAUAUUCUUUUUGAGCUCCGUCGAAGUGUGGCGAAUAAGAAUGAUGAUAAUUGGCACCAACGAACGCUGGAAACGUUGGAGAAACGAUCACCGACUUCUGUGAAUGUGACCUUCCGUCAGAUGAAGCUUGGCAAGAGGUGGUCAAUCAAAGAAGCCUUCCAGCGUGAACAUCAAAUGGCUUCAAAGUUCAUGAAGCACAAUGACUUCACUGAAGGGGUUUCUGCGCUUCUCAUCCGAAAAGAUGGCAAGCCACAAUGGGAAUACAAGGACCUCCAGGCCUUCGACAGGGCCCAGAAGCGCUUAGGCACCGAUCUGGUCGACCCAUUUUUCGAGACUGAAGGCCAGCCCUUGGCACUGCUGACCGACGGCGAUUAUCGAACAUAUCCCUUCGUGUAUGGCCUUCCACAAGAGAGCGCAGUGCAGGCCUUAGUGGAACAGAAUACCUUGAGCACGAAGCAGGUCAUCGACCACUUUGUGCAGAAGACACGCGGGAAGCAAGGUGUGCACGAGGUCUUGACAGACAUAAUUGACCGAAAGACUUAUGCAUCAAAUGGCAAGGUAAUAUGGGGACAGCAGCCAUCGCGAGUUGCGGAUGCGUGA